GUAAACAUCUGACACUGAUGUAAACAUGUGCUUUCUUACUUUCUUGGUGUCUUUGAUUGAUACGAUAAAUCUUUUUCGGGAGUCACUGAUUUGAUAGGAAUGAAUUUUUAGGAUUUACACUGAUUCGUCUUCCCUAUUUCAAGUUACUUUUUUUGUUUUAGCUUGCUUUUUCAAACUUUUUGGUCUACACGAAAAGGUUGGUGCGGGGCUGUGGACGAAAAUAAAUUAAUUAAAAUUAAUUAUAGUUAUAGUGUGGUCAGUGUCGAAAACGAUCUCUGACUGCUCCGAUCGCUCUGUGAAGUGUUCUACUUGUAAGAUAUAUUUUAAGUUAUCAUUCCCUAGUCUAUAAUUGUCCUCAAAAUUAGAUGAGUCCAAAUUGGGAUCUGCAUGUAGUCUGUUCAGACCCAAUCGAUUACUAAUAUAUUAAUAUUAUUAUAAAUUUAAUUAAUUAAUUUUAUGUUAGUGUAGAGUGUAGUAAUUCAUUAAAAUUAAUAAGUAAUUGAAUUCUUUCUUUGAACUGUUUGAUUUAAGAUUAGACUUAAGUGACAUAGUCAUAGUGAGAUAUUGAAUUAUCAUUAUUAUAGUAUAGACAUAAAAACAUUAACAAUGCAUGUGCAUGCCAAUAAUGAUUGAAUCAUGCCAGACACUUUCAAGUCCAGUGAAAGUGAAUGAGUAUAUUUGACAAACAAUUCUUAAUUAUAUUUUAUAAUUUAAAUGUCUACUCACUACUCAUUUCAUCUAAUAUACAUUUGCUUACAAGUUACUUAAGACUUAAGAGUAUUAUUAAUUAUUAUAUAAAUUUAACGUGACAUACAUAAUACUUAUAUUACAUUGUUAUAGUUGCCCCAACUUAUUAAAUAAUCUAAACAUAAAAUUUGUAUUAAAUUAUUUUUUUUAAUUCAUCUUUUCUUUGUUUCUUUCUUUAAGGUGUCUUCAUCUAUUGUUUAUCAAGUAGGCCUAUUCAAGCAUUAAAUUUUAAAAGUAGUUGGUAACUGACAUUGAAUUCAGUCAAAAUGUCAAAGCCAAAGAUGUCGGACGAGGAGAGGAAGCAACUUAUAGAAAGAUUGGCUGCUGACCUUGAAGAUUUUGUUGCUGAAAGGUCAAUUGCUGCCAGGAAUAAAAAGGCUACAGAGCCAGAGGAUAAUCGAACAAUAGAUGAAAUCGUAGAGGUGAUUAUGUUUCAUUGAUAUGAUAUCAUAUUUUUUUUUACAUCUUUUAUUCAAUUAACAAUUUGAUAUAUAUUUAACUGCAACCAGAUUUGUAAAAUAUUUAUUUUAAAAGUAAAACUUUUAAUUAUGAUUAUGGUAGAGAAAUUGAUGCAUUUAAAUUUGAGAGAAAUCUAACAAAAAAACAAUUUUUACAAAUUCAAUCUAUGUAUUAAUUAAGCACACUAUAUAUUUUUUUGUAAAAAAUUUAUAUAUAGACAAGUGUGAUUGCACAUAAUGUAUAAAUUAAAAGAAACUUCUGUUUAUUUGGAUCAAGAAAAGAAUCUCCUCUUAUUACAUCAUAUAAUAAAAUAAUGACAAUAACAAAAAUAUUUGAAAGAUGAAUUACAAUGGAAACUCUUUAUGGCUAAUAUCCCUUGAAUUACAAGGCCUGUCUGUUAACCUAGAAUUGCUUUUAGGAAAGGAGUAUUGUAAUAAUUAAUGUUGAUGUUGAGAAAAUUAUAUUUUCUACCUAAAGGAACUUAAAAGCCACCCAGCUUUUAUGACAGAUAUUGACUGGAGUAAACCUUUGCCUCCCGAGAUAGAAGGUUUGAUGCAACUGAAAUAUGAAUGUGAAAACCCAACAGGUAAUAAAUUUAAUUCAUUUUCAGAAAAUAAGGGAAACAAAGAUCAUUACGACCAUUCGCAGUGGAAUUACUUGCCUCUCUUCCGUCCCCUUUCACCUGUAUUACUUACUUAUCUACUUCUGUUCCAUCACAUUCCUCUUGUUGUUCUGUCAAAUACUACAUUGCACCUAACUGUUUUUUUAAAUUAUAUUAUUUUUACUGUUUGUUAGUUGAAGAAGGCUUCUUGUCGACACGUUCAUUGUUUUUUUGUUGUUGUUGUUUUUUUUGCAUCCAUUUUACUGGUUUGCCCAUACAUUUUCCAUCUACCUAACCUGGUUGCGGUCUUUCCCCCUUAUUACCAUAUUUUUUAUCCACAAAUUUCAGUCACUGAGAUUUUGUAUAGAAUAUCACUUUGAUUCCACUACAUGCUUGGUUUAAAUUUGUCUUCAAUCACAUUAUACUUAUCUAUUUCAAUAGGCGAGAAUACACAUUUUUCUUGAAAAGAUCACACUCGGUCCAUCCAUCCAUCCCUGUGCCCUACAGCCCAUGUAGGGCUUUGGCCUGCCUCACCACUUCCAUCCACUCAGACCUAACUAAUGCCUUUCUUUUCCAUGAUUGGACUUUCAGCUGCUGUAGAUCUUUUUCUACAUCAUCUAUCCACCUAAGCCUAGGUCUGCCUUUGAGCCUUUUUCCUCUGGGGCAUUGGUGAUGCACCCUCUUUGUUCCUCUGACAUUUGGCAUUCUCUCUAGGUGUCCUGCCCAGGGUAGCCUGCCUCUUUUUAUUUCUGCUAUCAUCAUGGGAUCCUGAUAUAGACUGUAUAAUUCAUGGUUGAUUCACAUUCUCCAUCCAUAUUCAUUCUUUGUUGACAUAUAAAUUUUCCUGAGAACUUUCCUCUCCAAUGUGUUUAAUAGGUUUUCUGCCGUUUUGGUAAGGGUCCACGUUUCACUUGCGUAUGUUACAACUGGUCUGAUUACAGUUUUAUAAAUAGUUUUCUUUGAUUCUCUUGUAAUGUUUUUACUUUUGGGUAUUUUCUGACUACUAAAGUAUGCCCUGUUUUUUGGUUGUUAACUUCCAGCCCUGCUUGUAGAGAUGCGUCUUCUAAUUCAAUAAGAGAUCACUCUCAGUAAUUUUUAAUAUAUAAACAUUUAUAAGACUUUCUUGUAUGAAUUGCAGCUCGAGCUGGCAGUUACAGGGAAGAUGGCAAUGAGCAGUUCAAACUGAAGAAAUACAAAAUUGCCAUUGACAACUACACAGAGGGCAUAAAAAGUCGAUGUCCUGAUGCUGAACUGAAUGCAGUGUUGUAUGCCAACAGAGCAGCUGCACAGUUUCAUCUAGGUAAAUAUGCUGUUAGAAUAAAUUAAGGAUGCCUCAGACAACCUGUGUUAUUUCAUUGUUAGUUUGAAAACUUUACAUACAACCUUGAGGUACAUGUAAGGUCUUAAUUGAAUUGCUAAUGGUUUGGCUACCUCUUUGGUGAACCUAAAUGUGUACUUUCUUCUAUGCGCAGGCAAUUAUAGAUCUUCCUUCAAUGACUGCAUAUUUGCCCGUAAAUUUCAACCUGAUCAUUUUAAGGCAAUUGUUAGAGGUAAGCUGCUUAAUUUAUGAAACCAGCCGUUUUAUUCUAUGAUUAAACCUUGCUUCUUUAACUAAUGACUUUCAAUAAAGAUUUUUAUGAAAUUCACUUGAGCAAAUUUUGUGAAACUAUGUGCCAGCAUUAAAGGUCCCAGUGUCUCCAUGCGGAGAGAUUGCUCUCAUCUAUUCACAUUGAUUUGACUUUUACAAUACGCAAAGCUACCCCAGUAAAUGAAUGACAGAACAAUUGACACAUCCCGAAGUCUUAUUAUGACUAGAGCAAUUAAUCACACUUUUCCUGUCUAUUUUAAUAGUGUUACUAAAUCUGUAACAUCAAAAUAGUAAAGCUGUGCAUUUCUGAAUGAAGCUGUGACGUACGCCAGGUCCUUGUGCCAAAUUUAAACUUAAAAGGGCAUUUCUUGCCAUCAACAUUUUUUUGUUGCUUCUUCUUCACAAUGCAAGUGGCUGUAUGAUGUUUCUAAAUGAUAAAUUCUCAAUUGCUUUUAUUUGUAUUAGGAGCUCACUGUUGUUUCAAAAUGGGGAAAUUCGCUGACGCCAUCCGGUGGUGUGAUGCUGCUCUCAUGGCAAGUUUCUCUAACAAUUUUAUUUUUCACAUCAGAAUUUAAAAAAUCUGAGUUACCAUACCACCUUGAUAUAUUCAACAGAAUUGAUUUUUAUUUGAACCAUCAGAUUUUAAUGUUUUUUCUUCUACAAAACAUGUAGUAAAUAUUAAAUAAUUUUUUUUUUAAUUUGUUUAAAACAAAAUAAGUAUGAGUUACAUUACCAUUGCUCAUCUACUUGGUGCAAUGAUUUUUGUAUCCAUGCGCCAAUUAAGUUGGCAAACAAGCUAUUUAUAUCGUAUUUAUUUCUCUCACUUUAUUGUGGUGAUUCUAUUUUUCUCUUUUCACAACAGGUUGAUCCAGAGCAUUCUGAAAUCUUAGAACUGAGAGUUAAAGCAGACAAGGGCCAGGUUAGUGGUGCCAUUCCACUUUGUUCUAGUCAGUCAUAUUAGUUGAUUGUAAUUGUCUAGCUUUUGUUUGUGUGUUUCUAUCUGUCUGGGUUUGUGGCAAAAUCUUCAGAUGGCUAAUAGUCCCACUUCCCUUCAACCUAUUGGACUGAAACUUGGCACUUAGACUCAUUGCCGGUGACAACACAUUCUAUCAAAUUUUCAACCCCCCACGCACCAACCCCCAAAAAUCAAUUUUCAAUUUGAAGGAAAUACGAUACCACUGAUUUCACAAAAUAAAAUUCCUUGCGCAAAAUGAUAUACUUAUUUUUUUUAAAUAUUGCAACUGCCUUUGGUGCGUAAUAUUUUCAUUUUUUUUUCUGAAAUAGUUGGUGAAAUAAAUCUGCAGUGUAAAAGCGGGUGGGAGAUGAUAAAAUAUUAAUAUCAAGGAUUUUUACAAAAAAUUUGUUUUUUAGGGUUUGAGAAAUUCUCUUUUUAUAAGAAAAAAAUUGUUUGAUAUUUCUGCUCUCUUAUGAUUGGUCUGGUCAAGUUUUAUUUUCUCAACUAGUGUAUGAUGUUUAUAAGUGUAAAAGAUUACACCUUUGGGACUAAAUACUAAAAAAAGGGAAUACAUCCAACUAACAAGAUGAGUUGUAGAAAAUUCUAAGUCAAAAUAUAUUUAUUAUAAAGCAAAUUGAAUGUUGACUUUUAUGACAUGUACCAUCUAUAGCAGCGGUUCUCAACCUGUGGGUCGCGGCCCCUUUGGGGGUCGCACAACCCUUUCCCAGGGUCGCCUAAGACCAUCUGAAAAUAUAUAUACUCUACAGUUAUAAAGUAUCAACUGAAAAAAAGUUGUGCGGUUGGGGGUCGCCACAACAUGAGGAACUGUAUUAAAGGGUUGCGGCAUUAGAAAGGUUGAGAACCACUGAUCUAUAGUUUCAUUUGUGAAAAUUGCUAGAAUUCAUAAACAAUGUUUGGAAGCACUACCAGUACAAUGAAAUGUCGUGUGAGAUAAGGUAUAGUAUAGGCUGGAAAUAUGACGUACCAGAAUGAAGUUGUUUUGUUGCAACCCUUGUUUAGGUUUUUCCAUUCUUUGUUUCACACACUUCCUCCUACCUAAACCUGAUUGCAGUCCCCCCCCCCUCCCCCUUUUUUUUUUCUACCAUCGUUUGUUUACAUUUCAAAUAUAACAACAGAGAGCCAAGGAACGUGACGAGAGAAAACAAGCAGCCUUGGAACGUAAGGAGCAAGAGGAAGACAAGAAACUGCUAGAUACAAUUAUAGUAAGUACUUGUGCUGCAAAACAUUACUCAGUAAUCAUUGCUGCGCUUACCAUUCAUUUUAUGUUAAGAAUUAAGUCAAAAACGUAGAGACGUAAAUAGUUUAGCUUAAAGUUAUAAACUUCAUCAAUCUACUAAUGUUUGAUUUACAUUGGCUUAUGAAGUUUUGAACUAUUCCUGCAAGGAAGUCCAUUGGGAAUUGAUUGUUAUUGGCCAUGAUUGUAUGGUCAUAAUUUGCCAUGAUUGUAUGGGUUUAUUUGCCAUGAUUUUUGUGACAUUACAUGCCAUGAUUGUAUUGACAGGGUAGGGGCAUCAAAGUGGCAAGUAUGAAGGUCCCCAAGCAGGCCAAGUUCGAUCCCUUGUUGUUGACUGCGCUCGAGUCACACAACCCAACAGGCGCCAAAGUUCAUUUAGACCAGCAGGGGACACUCCAUUGGCCUGUUAUCUUUUUCUAUCCUGAAUACACAGAGACGGAUUUCAUCAACGAUUUUAAUGAACAGCAUUGGUGAGAUACUGCAGCGUUUUGAUUGGCUAGUUAAGGCAUUAUUUGGUUGGUUGGAUACGGCAUUUUGGUUUGAUUGGUAGGAGAAGGCAAUCGUUUGGUUGGUUGGACAAGAUAUCAAUUUAAUGGGUACAAUUAGCCAUAUAUUUUAUUGUCAAGAUAAGACAUUGGAUAAACUGUAUUGACAUUGAAUUGAGCGUUAAGAGGAAACAUAUCGGCAACUCAAAAUAAUUUUUUUUAUUUUAGGGUUGUCGGACAUAAAAUUAGGGAUUUUUUUAAGUACCGGUAAUGAAUUAUUUGAGAGAAAAACCUUUGAGUUGCUUUGAAUAGCUGGCAAAUAUUUUAUUGAAAUAAAGGGGAGGACACAUAAUUUUAUCAGAGAAUCUGCAUUGUAAGCAGCAGCUUUCAUUAUUUUGAUCUUUCUUUGCCUGGUUACUAAUGUUGUUUCUGUAAAUGUGUAUACAUUUAUCUUAAUUAUUGUUAUUUACAUCACUUUUGUCAGUUCAGAAGAUUUUAUUGUCUUUCCAGUUUUUAUGACCACCUUGUCCAUAUGUUUAGUCAAGAACCACCAGCGUGGGAUGUGGACCACAAGUACAAAGCUGAUGACCUUGAGGUUAGAAAUAUUUCUUUUAGGUUGAUUCAAUAUUUAAACCCUUUAACUGUCAUAACGACGAUGAUCAGCUGUCGGCACCCUUUCUGUGGUGUCAAGACCGAUAUAACCUUCCGCUAGCAAAAUCGUCAUUAAGAAUGUGAAUGAUGAAAUGUAUUUUGGUUAAAGGGAAAUCACUCUAUAAAAAUAAGUUUACUUCCUAUUUACAUUUCUGUCUGUGUAUUAACAGGAUUUUUUUGGUGAUUAAUUGAGUGUGAAAUUUACCGUCAUAAUGUCUGAUGCAGGAGAGGGUCCCCCUCUAGAUUGCAAAAUCAACUCUAUAAAGUUUCUUUCUUGGAAUUAUUUAAAAUGGAUUAAAAUGAAAGCAAAAGAGAUAUUCCAUGUGAUGGUAAUUACAGUAUCAGCUCUAGCUGCGAUUGCAACAUAGAAGUCAGAUAUUGACAAUUUUAGACCUAAGCUUUCUUAUACUGUUACUGAUACAGACAGUCAAAUGGAAUUUUUGAACUAAUUUCGUGCGGCGCCCCCCCCCCCUCCGCCCCCUCUCUUCUUUUCCCUUUGUAUUUUGUAUGACAGAAAUCAGAAAUUGAGUGAAUAAAACAAAUUCACCAGUAUCACAAUGUUUGUCAAGUUAAGUGACUAUAACUUGUCAUUUUCUGAAAGAAUCUUGCUUUGAGUGUCUCAACAACUUGACUUCUUCAGUUUUUUGUUGGUUUUUUUUUGUUUUUUUAUAGAGCAUUAGGUUGGGUCUCAUUCAGAAGGUGGGUAGUAAACUUUUACUCACUCUGUACUCCGUAAAGGUCAAGGUUAAAAUUAAAAAAAAAAUAAUAAAAAAAUUGUUUUUACACCAUAAGACACCAUGUCUAAUGUACUUUCAGAAAAUGUAUACUUGUGCGUGUGUCUGAAUUCUUUGAGUCUGGGAAUUUAUCAUUAUUGACAAGGAUAUGAAAAUGCUAACAUUCGCUUGACACUACAGAAAAAUGCACUUGACAGAUAUGGGGUUAAAAUUGUGCAACCUCAGUAGUUAUAUUGUAUUUGUUUGUUUUAUUUUAUUUUAUUUUUUUAUUCUGUUUUUUUAUAUUUUAGUUCACUUUUUAGAGAACCUCAGGCUAGAAUCAGAUUGUUUUUUCGAUUGAAUUUCAGAUUUAUUUUGAAAACAACGAUGAAGAAAAGUUGUACAAGGUAGACCCUGAGACAAGUCUUCUCCAGGCCUUGAAACACAAAAAGUGAGUUGACCAGAUUUCUCUUAUUCACCUUCUUACAAGAAGUUUUGCAGUGUUCUGAACCAAUGGUCCAGUACAUGCUAUUUUGUUUUGUUGAUUUCUUUGAUUAAGGUGGUUGUUGGAAUUCAUCUCAAAGUUUUCCCUUAAACUUUAUGUAUAGAAUUGAUCGUGUGUCAUUUUUUUAAUCCUAAAUUCAGUGUCAGAGGUUGAGUGAGACUUUGCUCAUCUAAACAGUUGAAAUUAAAUUGAUUUUAAAACAACACAUUUAACUAGCGAUCAAUGACUACCGCCUCGGUGCGACCAUUUUACGUCAUUUGAAGCGUACAAUGUUAUUGGCUGCUCCUUUCAAUCAGAAUCUGUUUUAAUGUGUAGCUUUGAAUUCAUUUAAACAUGAAAGCCCUCACUUUGAUGGAGCCGACCCACGGCACGUUUAAUAUUUGCAUUUAUUUGAAACCCAGCAACCAGACUUUUGUUCAAACAUUUUUAUUAACCCUUGCUUAUGUUGAGUAGUUUAAGCCUGCAAAUCCUUUUUAAAAACAAAGGAUUGGAUUUCCUAUUUGUUUCAGGUACCUGGUUUAUGCCGGCACUCCAGGGUUCAUUCUGUGUGUCAAGGGAUCAAAGUUUAGAGAGGAAUUUUUAAGCAGAUACAAAUAUUAAUGGAUAUAAGGAAAGAGGGG